ACCCCCUUUUGGGUUCACUAAGCUCAGCAUUGUAAUUCUUCAAUUUUAACACUUCUCCAAUUUCAAAACUUGAACCUGACCCAGUUCUUCUCAGCCCCCAAUGGCGACUGGGUCCACCUCAGAUUCCAUCAACAAGGCUCAGAGCGUGAGAAGUCGAGCCGAAGUGGGCACUGCUGACCCAAAGGUCGGAGCUUUUGUUCCGGGGAGGGAUCAUAACCCGAGAGAGCUUAAGUCUUGGGCCAAGAGAACCGGGUUUGUGUCCACUUUCUCAGGUGAGACUGUGGGGAGUAGCAGUGGGAGGAAUGAGAGUGGUGGUGGUGGUGGUGAUUUGGAGAGAGGUGGUGGUUUGUCUCCCAAGAUAGAAAUAGAUCCGGUGUUGGGCCGGACCAAGCCCAACAGAGGAGUUGAGAUUGAGCCAGCUGGGAAUGGUGGUGGGGUGAGGAGUGAGGAGGGAAUGAGGGUGGAGAGAAGUAGGAGGGGGAGGGGGAGUGAGGAUGAGCCUGUUUUGGGUAGAAAUGAGGAGAGGAGUGUUGAGGAUAAUUGGAAUGGAGCUGUUGGAGUUGGUUUGGGCGGCGAGGCGAAGAAGAUGGAUGAGGGAGAUGAGAGGGAGGGAAUGGAGUUGUAUCCGGAUGGUGAAGAAGAUGCUCAUGGAGGGUGGGGUAGACCGGGGACAAUGAGGAUUGGAUUGAGAGAGAAUCCGGGUUUCGUACCACUAAUAUAUUACGGUCUGCAGCACUACUUAUCAUUGGCUGGCUCACUUAUAUUCAUCCCUCUGAUCAUUGUACCAACCAUGGGUGGAACAGAUAAGGAUACCGCCACGGUGAUCUCGACAAUGCUACUCGUCUCUGGUAUUACAACAAUAUUGCACUCUUACUUUGGAACCCGACUUCCAUUAGUUCAAGGAAGUUCGUUCGUAUAUUUGGCACCAGCAUUAGUUAUCAUGAAUGCUCAAGAAUAUCGUAAUCUCACUGAACAUAAAUUUAGGCAUAUAAUGAGAGAACUGCAAGGAGCUAUAAUUGUUGGUUCAAUAUUUCAAAGCAUCCUGGGAUUUAGUGGUUUAAUGUCCUUAUUGUUGAGAUUGAUAAACCCUAUUGUUGUUGCACCAACUGUUGCCGCAGUAGGUUUGGCAUUUUUCAGUUAUGGCUUUCCUCAAGCCGGUAGUUGUGUGGAAAUCAGUAUUCCACAGAUACUUUUGGUUCUUAUAUGCACCUUGUACCUUCAAGGGGUAUCCAUCUUUGGGCAUCGUCUUUUCCGGAUUUAUGCGGUUCCCUUGAGCACACUGAUUAUAUGGACAUAUGCAUUCUUUUUGACAGCCGGUGGAGCAUAUACUUACAAAGGCUGCACCUCAGAUAUACCUAGUUCAAAUAUCUUGAUAGAUGCUUGUAGAAGACAUGCAUAUACUAUGAAACAUUGUAGGACCGAUGUUUCAAAUGCACUGAGAACUGCCGCAUGGGUCAGGAUUCCGUACCCUCUGCAAUGGGGUAUCCCUAUCUUCCAUUUCAGGACUUCCAUAAUCAUGAUCUUUGUGUCUCUUGUUGCAUCAGUUGAUUCGGUUGGAACUUAUCACUCUGCAUCUAUGCAAAUUAAUCUGAAGCCUCCGACCCGAGGAAUCGUCAGCAGAGGAAUUGCAUUGGAAGGAUUCUGCAGUGUACUGGCAGGACUUUGGGGUUCAGGUACUGGGUCAACAACCUUAACGGAAAAUGUUCAUACAAUCAACAUAACAAAAGUGGCAAGCCGAAGAGUUGUGGAAGUUGGAGCAGUUUUCUUAAUCUUCUUCUCUUCCAUAGGAAAAGUGGGUGCCAUUCUUGCCUCUAUACCACUGGCCUUGGCUGCUUCCGUACUCUGCUUCACAUGGGCCCUUGUUGUGGCAUUGGGUCUAUCAACAUUGCAGUAUAGUCGAGCAUCAAGUUUUAGAAACAUGCUGAUAGUUGGCGUUUCAUUGUUUCUUGGUUUAUCGAUUCCUGCAUAUUUUCAACAAUAUCAACCUGAAUCCAGCUUCAUACUCCCUAGCUACUUUAUUCCUUAUGCAGCAGCAUCUAAUGGACCAGCCCGCACUGGUAGUAAACAACUUGACUUUGCUAUAAAUGCACUCAUGUCUUUGAACAUGGUGGUGACACUUGUGGUAGCACUGGUACUGGAAAACACUGUCCCAGGCAGCCGGCAGGAGCGAGGUGUGUAUAUAUGGUCAAAACCAGAAGACAUCAACACUGAUCCAUCUUCGCUCGAGGAUUAUUCAUUGCCGUUAAAAGUUUCCAGAUGUCUUUGGCGCUCUAGUUGUCUGGGCGUGUGAUCAUGAGCUCCCAAAGAUAUGAAAAGGCACGACAGACUUAGUAGACUGACGGUACUGAAGAUUCGAUUUAGUGAAGCCCCGAGUGAGGACACAUGAUAUAUAUACAUUAGCAAUAGCUUCCUAUACCAAAGUGGAGAUGUUGUGCAACACUGCAAGUUCAAGGUUAGUGAAUUGAUGCAGGAGCAUCCAAAAAGAACUGAAACUGCUAGCUUAAAUUAGGAGUUUAUUGUCUUUCAUUGCUGUUUUUGGGUCUUUAUGUUAGUUCUUGCAGUUUUAGGUCUUUAUUAUCAUUUAUUUCUGUUUUCAUUAGGAUUACUGUUACGUUUCUUAACUAGUAUGUUAGGGGGUUUCAGUGUCUUUGUAAUGAGCUUGCUUUUGAUAUUAUCUAAUAGAAAAUAGAGUUUCUUGGGAUACUUGGCCCAUAACUCAAAUA